UCUCCUCCUCUCUCAGGCCCCUCCCCCUCCUCCUCCUCCCUUCCUCCCUGUCUCUCCACACAGACCACAGCAGCCGGACAGAUCAGAGGAUGUUGUCGACUACAUCUAACCCCUCCCUCCCCAUCUGCUCUGACCCCCGUCCAUCCCAUCACACAGUGACCUCUGACCCCCACAAUGUAACUAUGGAAACUUACUGGAGUGAAGUGCGUAGCAUCAAAGAGGAGGAGGAGGAGGAGGAGGAGGAUGAAGAAGAGGAGAGGAAGAGUAUGGACGAGGUGGAGCUGGAGGAGGUGUGGCUGACGGAGGCGGGGUUAUCCUCUCUGGUGAACAGCUCCACUGCUGAGGAGGUCCAGCCUCCUCCAGAGGCCCUGCUGUCCACGUUGUCACGACAACAGGUUGCCACGGUGAGGAGGAGGCUGGACAAGUACAACGAGACGCUGAAGACGAGGAACAGGGAGCCAAUCAGAGACGUCCGAGACAUCUUCACUGAGCCCGAUGAUGAUGACUCUGCAGAAAGAUGCCCCUCCUCUCCCUCUACACCACAAAGUCGAUACCACACCACCACCAAAACCAUCCGCCGAGACCCUCACAGAGAUCGACCUGCCCUUCAUAUGUUUGUCUUUGAAGAUCAGUUACCUGAACACCCACACACACACUCUCCAACACACACACACUCUCCAACACACACACACUCUCCAACACACACACACUCUCCGACACACACACACUCUCCGACACACACAAGCUCUCCGACACACACACACUCUCCAACACACACACACUCACGCCCUGUCAAUCAGUGGAGAGAAGCUGAUUGGCUGCUGCGGGAUUGUCCAUACUCAGAGGGCGUGGCUGAGCACAAACAGGGCGGGACUUGCUGGGACUGCUUGCGUUUCCAUGGCGAUGACAAUGUUGACCUGCCGUUUGUGCCUGUCUCACCCUCUCAGGGUCUCACCUGUGCAGACGACCUGUCUCCCUGUGACCUCAUGCGUCUCGGCUUUAUCUCUCACAUCGAGCUCUCCACCUUCCUGCUCGCUCUGGGCGUCCAAUCCAAACGCAGCCGCCCACCACGUCGCAGGACCCGGGACAGCGGUGUGUUUGCAGUUUCGCUGAACUCGUUGUUGGAGAAUGACAGGAAGAAGUUUCCCGAGGUCAAAGUUCCUGUUGUCUUCAAAAAGCUGUUGUGUAUUAUAGAGCAGACUGGCCUGCAGACUGAAGGGAUUCUCAGAGUACCAGCAUCAGCUGCUAGACUGAAGUUCCUGCGUAGAGAGUUAGACAGGUGCUGUGGAGGGUUCGACUGGUCUGCAGUGAGACAGGUGGAUGCUGCUGGGUUGCUGAAGCUUUUCAUCAGAGAGCUGCCGACACCUCUGCUGACACACACACACAUGUCCACCUACCGCUCUGUGCUAGGUGUCUCCUCUGUGGUCCAUCAGGUUCAGGCUCUGCAGAUGCUCUGCUUGUUGCUUCCUGAAGCUCACAGACACGCACUCAGAGCCCUGCUGGUGUUUCUGCGUAAAGUGGUCUCUCAUCAGGACCAGAACAGGAUGUCCCUGUGGAAUGUCUCUAUGGUAAUGGCACCAAACUUGUUCUCCUGGCAUCACCAUGGCAACAAGCCCUCUGUCAUCAGGCAACAGGAAGAGAUGGAGGAGGCGGUGGGCGGAGCUCACCUGGUUCGCUUGAUGAUCACACACCAGGACCUGCUUUGGACAAUCCCAAACUUCCUAAUGUCCCAGGUGAGACAGGUAAACCAGGCAUCCAAUCAGAGACAGCUUGGUCUGAGCAAGCCCAAGAGACGCCUGCUGAGGAGGAAGAACGACAAAAAUCACAGACACCAGAUCACAGAAUUGUGUGAAGGUGUGAUCCGGGUACACGCCCCGCUGCACACCAAGGUUUCCAUGGCGAUACAGCUUGAUGGACAGACAACAGCUAGAGAUGUCACCGCUCGCUUUGAGUUUGACAACAGCUCACCUGUUCAGCACCUGUAUGAAGUGGGAGGAAACAUCACUGAGCGUCGUCUCCAUCCUGACUGCUUGCUGCUGGACGUCUUCAGAGUGAAUCCUCACUGUGAUUGGCUGAUUAAACCGUGACACACAGAAUGUCUUACUUUCCGCGCCUGACCUGUCUCACCUCCUGACAGCCGGUCUAACUACCUGGAGUGUGCCAUGUGGGCGUCUGCGGCUCAGUGGGUAGGGUUCGAUGUCCCAUGUGUCCUUGUUGCUCCCACUGCUUGGUAGGCGGGGUGUGAAUGUUACUCUACCAUCAGGGUGUGACAUCACAGGUGUUACAUCAUCAGUAUUCCUUUGUUUUUAAUGAAAAGCUGAAAACAAUAAAAAAUGUUUUAUGAU